AAAAUUAAGUGUAUUGAUUUAGAAGCAGGCGUUUUUUUUCGCACCGCAAUCUGGAAACGAGUUCACAUCGGUGCUAGCUGUUUAGCAUUGCUAACUGUUAUGCUAGUGGUAAUAUAUGCUCGUUUGUUGAACUAGCGCUAGCAUUAGCUAUAUAAUGCUUGCUAACAUUACAGACAAGAGCAAGUAUUAACUCCGAGACAUUUUAAUAAUCGUUAUUACACGACAAAAAUAACAUUGAGCUUUUGCAGUUAGUGAAAAAAAAAUCGAUCAGGUAUAUUGACUGUAUUGACUAGUUUUAAAUAGAAAGGAUCCUGCCAGGGCUGUAAUGUGAAUGCAUUUGGCAUUAGACUAAAAAUAUUUUUGCGUAGUGUCGCUCCAGAUUGCUUUAGCUUGGUCUGUACUGUUGCCAAUUCAGCUGGUUGGUGAAUUAUGAGUGAUGCUUAAGAAGAAAACUUUUCAGAAAGGCUGAAUGGUUAAAUCGUUCGUGUACAUGAUGCUUGCACAACAUAUCCAAUCAUUCCCUCUUCUGUGUAGCUGCUUUUGCCUGGCCAGAGUCACUUUGGAUCUGGAGACUAUCCUGGGUGCAAGUUGGGAAUACACCCUUCAUGCACUGUUAGACUAUAACAGGGCACUGGAAACAUAUUCAUCGACAGCUAGGGGCAAUUUAGAGUAGCUGUGCCAUCUACAUCAAUGUAAAAGGAAAGUGAGAGGAAGCCAGAGAACCAGGAUUGUGAGAACAUGCACCAUAGAUGUGAGGUUCCAUAGGAACAGAUGAAUCUGUAAUGGGGGGAGUCAAACAAGAGCAGAGCGAUGGUCCUGGAUCAAAAGGUUUUCAUCAUUCAGACUCAAUGCAAGAAGAGAACAAUAAUUCACUCAAUGCCCAGCCUGUGAAAAAGCGUGGCUGGCCCAAAGGUAAAAAGAGAAAGAAGGUCUUGCCCAAUGGUCCCAAGGCUCCAGUGACUGGGUACGUGCGCUUCCUGAAUGAAAGACGAGAACAUAUCCGUGCCUUGCACCCUGACCUCCCUUUCCCAGAGAUUACCAAGAGACUUGGGGCAGAGUGGAGCCGCCUAGCUCCCCAUGACAAACAGCGUUACCUGGAUGAAGCAGAUCGGGAAAAGGUGCAAUAUGCACGAGAACUGAAGGAGUACCAGAAAAGCGAAGCAUUCCAGAUCACCAGUGCCAAGAUCCAAGACAAGAGAAUUAAGAAAGAGGAGUUAACAUCUGUUAUUAUAAAUGCCAAUAGUUCAGCAUCUUCAACUCUUAAGAGUUCAGAUCUCUCUAGCAGAUUUGACGUGCCCAUUUUUACAGAAGAGUUCCUCGAUCAAAACAAAGCACGGGAGGCUGAGCUCCGGCGGCUGCGUAAGGCCAACGUGGAGUUCGAGGAGCAGAACACCAUUCUGCAGAAGCACAUAGCUGAGAUGUUUAAUGCCAAAGAGCGUCUGGAGGCUGAGUUGGGCCAGGAUGAGAUGCGCACACAGGCUCUGCACCGCCGGCUGCAGGCCAUCAAACAGACAUUAGUCAACAGCCUGGCUUCCGUGCCCCUGCCAGGCACAGGUGAGACUCCCUCAUAUGGAACUCUUGACACUUACCUGAGUCGUUUGAGCAGUGCCUUGGAAAGCAGUCCUCAUGAGCACCGCACUCUGCUGAUCAAGCUCCAAGAGCUGCUGGCUCACUUAGACAGGUAUCUUCUUAAUGUGAGAAACUCUGAGAGUCAUGUGCAGCUGGGCUGCGUAUGGGUUUGAGGCUUUGAAUUACAGCACCAUGAAGACAGGAUUACUCAAAAUUACUGAAGGAAAAUCUACUUUUUAUGGGGUGCAGUUGUGUCUCAACAUCUAGACGUGGUCGAUUCUUUAGGCACUAUUGACACGGUCAUUUUUUUAGAAUGUUUUAAUUUGUUUUUAAUUGCUUUGUUUUAUUUGCAUUAUUUCUUACUUUUAAACUGUCCUAUUCUUCUCUUUUACUUUUUACAUUUUAUAUCAAUUGUCCAUUUGUCAUUCCAGAAUUGUAAAUCAUUUUCCAGUAAUUAACUGCUAAUAUGUAAUGCAUUGCAGUAUUUCAGGCAGAUUAUUAUUGUGAAACUUUUUUCCUGAAUGUAGAUUUUACAUGUUACACUGAUUUAUAAUAACUUUAUUUAAAAAAAAAAAAAAAGAAAAAUAUAGAGAUGGGUACUGAAAAGCUGAUUCAGGGAAUGUUUUGAUGAAAUUAAAUUCUUCUUGUUUUUAAAUGUUUACUCUGUAAACAAAUUUUCUGUAAUGUGUUAGUGUAUAAUUCAUCAUAAGUGUAUGCUGCUCCAUGUUGCAGUGACCAAAAAUGCAAUAAAAUGGGGUAUACAGUA